AUGGAGAAGAGAGGGGCGGAGUGGUACAGGAGAGCGGAGGUGGGUAGAGAGAGACAAUGUGGCACGUCGUGGAUCUUGAAAAUCGACAAAAUCACGACGGACACCUCGGUAUCGACGUGGUAUUUACUUGACUUUGAGCAUGGUUCGGUCAAGGAUGAUUAUUGUGGAGAAAGGACUGGGUACAAUUCGGAAUUAUUGAAGAUCAUGGAAGCUAACCAAUCUCCUCCUCGCAAGCGACCACGCAGAGACAGAAACCGAGAGAAAGCAUCCUUCCUGAACUCGGCUGAAGCAAUGAAGCUAGAUAUUUGGAGCGAGUUCCCUGAAGACCUUUUUGAAACUGUCAUUGCAAGGCUUCCAGUGGCUGCAAUUUUCCGAUUCCGCUCUGUUUGCCGGAAGUGGUGUUCUCUGGUAGUCUCAGACAAUUUCUCUCAGCAGUACUCUGAAGUCCCACAGGGAAUGCCAUGGUUCUAUACAAUCACACAUGAGAAUGGCAACAACAAUGUAGCGAUGUAUGACCCUUCCCUAAACAAGUGGCACCACCCUUCUGUUCCCCUUGCUCCUGCAAACAUAGUAAUGCCAGUGGCAUCUGCAGGUGGCCUUGUGUGCUUAUUGGAUCUUAGCCACAGGAACUUCUACAUAUGCAACCCUCUUACACAAUCACUAAAGGAAAUUCCUCCCAGGUCAGUCCAGGCAUGGUCAAGAGUGUCAGUGGGGAUGGUGCUGAAUGGAAGAACUUCUAAUGAGGGUUACAAAGUGAUGUGGUUGCGAAAUGAUGGAAAUCAUGAAGUUUACGACUCAGUGCAGAAUAUGUGGUCUCAGCCAGGCGAGUUUCCUCCAAGCAUCAAGCUCCCACUUGCUCUAAAUUUCAGGUCACAGCCAGUCGCGGUUGGCAGCACGCUGUACUUCAUGUGCUCAGAACCCGAGGGUGUUUUGUCAUAUGAUGUAAGCACUGGGAUUUGGAUUCAUUUCAUCAUCCCGCUGCCGCUGCAUCUGACUGACCACACACUUGCCGAGUUCCAGGGGAAGAUCAUGCUUGUGGGUCUGCUGUGCAAGAACGCAGCAACCUGCGUCUGCAUCUGGGAGUUGCAGAAGAUGACUCUCCUCUGGAAGGAGGUGGACAGAAUGCCAAAUAUCUGGUGCUUAGAAUUCUACGGUAAGCACAUGAGGAUGACCUGCCUGGGCAACAGCGGCUUGCUCAUGCUCUCCUUGAAGGCGAAGCGGAUGAACCGCCUCGUGAUGUACAACCUUGUGAGCAAGGAGUGGCAGAAGGUUCCUGACUGCAUGCUCCCUUGCAGCCGCAAGAAGCAGUGGAUAGCAUGUGGCACGGCAUUCGGCCCGUGCCCCUCUGCCUCGCCCUGA